AAUUUAGAACUACAACCACCAGAAACACGCCGUACGAGAGCUAUCUUGCCGGAUCGUUCUCCGGCGGUCCGUCCCAUGACGGCUGAGGCAGUACCACACUGGAAAAUUCCGUCAUCCACCACACUUUCUAUUUCAGUAUUGUAUAUACCAACUUGCUAUAGGUACAUACCUGGGUUCUUUGGUGCCUAGGUAGGUAUCAUUCGUAUUAUAAAGAUCUCAUCGUCUCUCUAUGUCAUCGUAAUAUGGUUAAACCCGAUUAAUCAACCUAUUUUCGACGGUUUUCAGAGUCUUCAACAUCAAAAUUGUGAGGGAAUUCAGAUCGUGAUGGAGAGAAUAGGCCGUCGUUCUCAUCGAAAAUCUCGCGCGGGAUGUUCCGAGUGUAAGGCUCGACAUAUCAAGUGUGAUGAAGGUCGGCCGGCUUGCGGCAACUGCACGAUCAGCUCUCGAUACUGCUCAUUUCUAGCAUCACACUCACGUCUUCCGGCCGCGGGCGAAGGUUCAACGUCGUCUUUAAGUCCAGUCUUUCUCUCUCGUCAACCAGACGCAUCUCCAUCGCCUCAACGGUAUUCUCCCACGAGCUCCAGUCAGGAAUUCCCAUUGCCGAACAUUGAAGUCGUCAACUUGACGCAUAUGGAGCUCUUUCAUCACUUUAUGCACAGCAACUUAUUCAAUCUACCAUUCCCAUACGACGAUUCGGAGAAAUGGACAGCAUCAGUUCUGAUCAUCGAAUCCGCACUAUCUUACCCAUUCCUGAUGAACGAAGUCUUAGCCUUCUCAGCACUUCAUCUAUCCCAUAUCCAACCUUCAAACGCCUGUUUAUAUAGGCACUACGCCAUCGGUUUACAGACCCACGCUCUCGGGAUCUUCAACGGCGAGAUGAUAAAAGUCAACCGCGAAAAUUGCAUGGCAAUCUUAAUAUUUACCUGGCUGUUGACUUUACAUACACUCGUCGAGACGGUGGAAUCAGCUGAAUCGGCAGAUACCCGCUCUUUACUAGACCCGUUUGUUCACUGCAUGCAACUGCACCUUGGAGUGCGGGCUGUUAAAGAGGAGGCUUGGCACAUGAUGCUUGAAUCCAACAUGGGAUUCAUGUUGGAGGCUGUCACGGGUCUGCUAGAAUGUGUAGACCCAGGGUCACAUACCGCCGACCUGAAAGAUUACAUCCAAAACUCGAGGACGUUGAACAACGACGAAAAGUUGACCUGCAUCGGAGCCUUAGAUAAUAUCCAAUGGUUUCUGAGCUUAGUUGACGGGACAGGGAAACAGGGCCCACCAUUAGCGACGCCGUUUUUAUCGCUGAUUUCGUGGCCGGCCAGGAUCAACGCCGAAUUCCACCGGCUCAUAUCUGAACGAACACCGGAAGCCUUACUUGUUCUUGCAUAUUACGCCAUACCACUGCACCUGUGCAGAAAUAUAUGGAUCGUGGGGAAUGCCGGUCAACUUCUGUUCCAAAGUAUUCGAUUACACUUACCCGGAGAGUGGCAUCGGUGGCUGGAGUGGCCGGAAGAGAUCAUGGAAAGGAUACCCGUAAGCGCUUGAUGGCUUGGUGAUUUGGUACCUAUCCCGCCACGCGGCUUGCUGCAGGUCGUCACUAAUGCGAUCUGCCUACGCCACCACGGUUCAGACCCCGAGUAUCAGAACAAUAGGUACCUACAUACUAAGGUACCUAGUGUACUGUACAUCACCCCUAAGGCUAAGUCCCGGAUGCCCUUUCGCCUUUGGUUCACCAAUGAUCCCUUAAAAUCAGAAUCACGGGCUCAAUCAAGUCAUAGUCAGUGAGAGAGCAUUUCUGCCAAUAGACAAAGAAUCAAUCCAACAAAGCCCGACGCACUGCCUACCGUUGUCGUACAAC